ACUAAACAUUUCACCUGUACCGUAUUCUAAAGUGGACAGUUCAGGACCAAGACGUUAGAAACGGUGUUGUUUCCAGUGGAAAUUUCGCAGUUGGUCCGCCAGGUAGCGCCCCUGGGAUUCCCCGAAGGAAGUUUUCCGUCUCGUUGCGUCAUCAUCCCCCGCGGUGCACCUUGGGAAAAUUGGGAGUCAGAGAAAGCAAGAUGGCGGCCGGCAGCGGAACACGGCUCCAAGCACGGGGCCGUCCUCGGUAAAACCGUGCUCCGCAAGCCGCCUCAGAAUAAAAGGACUACUUUCGAUGCACGCCAAGAAACGAUACGCUCUUGUGCUCUUCUCGGGCCUGUUAUUGUUGUUGUUUUACUACGGAGGAGUGCGCUUACUGGCUGCGACAUCGGCCGCGGCGCACCACUCGAGGGGCGCCUGGGCCCCUGCUCCGCAUGGAGGGGGUCGCAGGCCGGACAAGUUGGGAGCUGCUCGCUCCUACCUGCGGACUUUCGCCGACUCGGACGAUCAGGAGGCGGCUGAUCUGCACGCCGAGUCGCCCAAGCGGCGGCGCAUGGCCCGCUCGGCUCUGUACCGCAACGCCAAGUGCCGUAUGGAUACCUGUUGGGACUUCUCUCGGUGCCCGCCGCACAAACCCUUCCGAGUUUACAUCCAUCCCAACGCCGAGCACACAGAUACCACCUUGGGGCCCGGGCCUCAGUCUGCCGCAUACACCAAGAUCUUAGAAGCUCUCAGACGCUCGGGCUACCUCGCAGAGCGUCCUGAAGACGCAUGUGUUCUUGUCCUAGCCGUGGACACCUUGGAUAGAGACCGUCUUAGCCCCGACUAUGUCUCGGGCGCUGCGCAACGCAUCCAGGCUUUGCCUCUAUGGAGCGGCGACGGCACUAACCACCUCGUCUUCAACAUCUACUCGGGCACGUGGCCCGACUAUGCCGAGGAGCUCGGCUUCGACACCGGGAGAGCUGUUUUAGCGAAAGCUUCCUUCAGCAUGGACAAGUUUCGCCCCGGCUUCGAUAUCUCAAUCCCGCUGUUUGCGAAGGAUCACCCACAGCGCGGCGGGAGGCCUGGCGAUCUCACCGCCAACACCUUCCCCGCCGCCACGGCCAACAAGUACCUGCUCGUCUUCAAGGGGAAGCGGUACCUGACGGGGAUCGGGUCCGAGACCAGGAACGCGCUGUAUCACCUGCACAACGGCGACGAUAUCAUCCUCACCACCACAUGUAAGCACGGCAAGAGCUGGAAGUCUCACGACGACGGCAGAUGUCAGCAGGACCAGCAAGAAUUCGACAAAUAUGACUACAACACUCUCCUGCACAAUUCUACGUUCUGUCUGGUGCCGCGCGGGCGGCGGCUCGGAUCUUUCCGCUUCCUGGAAGCGCUGCAGGCAGCGUGCAUUCCCGUUAUCGAAGCGAACGGAUGGGAGCUCCCGUUCUCGGAGGUGAUUGAGUGGGACCGCGCCACCAUCACGGCUGACGAAAGGCUGCUAUUUCAACUUCCUUCCAUUCUGCGAGCGAUCCCUCCUGAGAAAAUCCUGGCACUGAGACAGCAGACUCAGUUUCUCUGGGAGACGUAUUUUUCCUCGGUGGAAAGAAUAGUUCUUACUACAUUAGAGAUACUUAGAGAUAGAAUAAUGUCCCACCAAUCACGAAGUGCCUUCAUCUGGAACCGGCCGCCAGGCGCGCUCGCUGUGCUUCCAGAAUAUUCCGAGAACUUGGCGGACUUCCCCUUCUUCCGUUCCCCCCUGGGUCUGCCCCCACCCCAGGGGUUCACCGCGGUCAUCCUGGCCACAUCCCCGAUCAUCUCACAGUCUGCGCCCAUAUAUAAAUUAAUCAAGGCUGUGGCCAUGUCAAAACAUGCUGCUCAGAUCGUAGUACUAUGGAAUAGCGAAAAGCCUUUGCCUGCAAAAAAUAGGUGGCCUCCGACGGGGAUUCCCAUCAUGGUAGUGAAGGGGCAGAGCAAGGUGAGCGGAAAGCAAAUGAGCAGCCGUUUCUUUCCUUACGACAUCAUCCAGACUGACGCUGUGUUAAGUCUGGAUGAGGACACCAUUCUCAACACUGAUGAGGUUGACUUUGCCUUCGCGGUGUGGGAGAGUUUCCCAGACAGAGUGGUGGGUUACCCAGCGAGGAGCCACUACUGGGAUGAGGCGAAGUCUCGCUGGGGGUACACGUCCAAGUGGACUAACGACUACUCCAUGGUGCUCACUGGGGCUGCCUUCUAUCAUAGAUACUACAACUUCCUGUACACCCAUUGGUUGCCUGAGGAGGCCCGACGAUUGGUUGACGAGGGCGACAACUGCGAGGACAUCCUCAUGAACUUCCUGGUCUCCCACGUCACCAAGCUGCCCCCCAUCAAGGUCACCCAGAAGAAACAGUACAAGGAGACCAUGCUGCAGGGGAACAGCAAGUCCUCCCGCUGGGCUGACCCCAACCAUUUCUCCCAGCGCCAGACUUGCAUGAACGGUUUCGUCGAUCUGUUCGGCUACAUGCCGCUGAAAAGGUCGCAGAUGAGACUCGACCCGCUCCUGUUUAAGGAUCCCGUGUCAAACCUGAGGAAAAGAUACAGACAGCUGGAGCUGGUAUAACAGUAGCUGGGCCGCCCCUUCCCCAACCCCCUAGCCUAGCCUCCAGAGGGUGUGAAGGGGGAUAUGGUAACUUACUCCCCAUUCGAUAAUGUUUAUAGAAUUGUACAAAUUUUGUUGUAUAGACUUGUCUUUUCCGAAUGAAGAAAUAGCGGUUUGUUGUUGCAACUUUGAGUCAGAUAAAAAAGAGAAAAAAAGUUCUAUGCAAGUUUUAUUUGUGGUCAAAGUAGUAUCGCCUUAAGUUCAGUUAGCAAUAGUUUAACCCAACAAAAACACCACCAAACAAAUGAUUCAAAAAUAUGGCUUUUUUAAAACCCCUUUCACACCCUCGCCAGUAUCAGUAAAACCCCAUAUGGCACCUUUGUUGUACAAAUUUAUUCUAUAGCCAUAGUCGACAUGUACAUGACAAUCAGGCCUUCCCUUUCAACCUGCCAAGAAAAAUGCAAAUUUUCCGACAGAUGAUUCAACUCAAGAAGCACCCAAACCUACAGUCUCAUCUGGACUGGACUGUAGGCUCCAGAGAUUCGGGGGGACGGCAAGUUUUUCAGUAAGGAACGUCGGUUUGAAGACCAAGUCGAAACUUCCUUUGGUAAGCAGAAAUGUUCUUUAAAAGCUCUGAGAAAGCAAGGAGCUCCUUGUAGAAAGGAAGUAUCAUUUGGUGACAAUUUUGCUAGUGUACCCUCAACCUCUGGGGCCUACGGUCAAACUUCCAUGAACAGAAAAAAACUGACAGCAGCAUGGCAAAGAAAUGAAAUUGUCGCAUGUUGGUAAUCCGAGCCACACGGUUGUUUCUCUGGAUUGUUUGCUGCUCCAUUCUUAAAAGGAAGUUGUAGGUUUUGUGCUGAAUGGUUUGUUGGCAGACUUGUGUAGCUGUAGUACCCAGAGGCGUCGUGCAAAACAAGGGAAGGCGGUGCUAGGGACAGCCCCAGAGUCAAGCCAUACUGCUUGACCCAUGCCAUGACAUUUGUGUACCCAGAGACUGAUGACAUCACAUCCACACGAGAAGUGCUGAUGUCGCCCCAGUGUUGUGUAGAUGGCCUGAUAUGUGGCGGCUGCUAUGCAGCCGUGUGUAAGUAGAGAAAUUUUGACAAAGAAACAUGCUAUUUUCUUAACUUUUCUAAUUCAGUCUUUUCUAGAUGGCUGUGUACUUAUAAAUGACAGAUAGAUAAAGAUAAGAUGUUUAUGAUAAGGAUGCUGUUUAAAUGUCUUGCCUUUCUCAAUGGAUGAUGUAGAAAAUAAGCUGUAAGAUAUUAGCAAGGCUUUCUGUAGCACUCAUGACAUAUAAGAUGGUAUUUUUAGGUAAAAGUUGAAGCGUUUUGUGAUCAUGCACUGUUUUCUGGAGAAUUUGUUUGAUUUCAAAAUCAUGAA